AUGCAGAGUGGUGAUGUUGUUACUGAGCGUUCAUUACAAGAUGUCUUAGACAAAUUUGAUGAGUUUUGUAAGCCACAAUGUAACAUUGCCAUGGAAUCUUACAAAUUCAAUAUCCUUUCUCAAAAAGAACGGCAGUCUUUUAUGGAAUUCGAAACUGAACUGCGUGCACAUGUUCGUCUAUGUGAUUACAAGUGUGAAUGUGGCUCAUCUUACGAAAAUCGAUUGCUUCGCGACAGACUAAUUGUUGGAGUUUAUGACAAAAAAUUGCAACUUAAGUUGCUUGAUGGUCGUGAUGAACAGCUGGAACGCGUUAUUGAGACCUGCAAGACAUAUGAAGCAGCUAAUACUAACAAAAGUAUUCUUGAUGGAAGAGUAGUUCUUCGUUCUAUUAAAAACGAUGUUGAAGAUGAAUCUAUCAAUUCAAUUCUUCGAUCUUGCUUUAAUUGUGGUAUGCCAUGGACAUUAGGACACAUAAAUCAAUGCAAAGCGAAGGAUGUUAUCUGUCGUUCGUGCUCAAAGAAAGGACAUUUUCAAAAGAUGUGCCGCAAAUCAAGAAAACCAUCACAUGAAACAAAAGUUGAUAGCAGAAAGCAAAGCGUUUCUAGUAUUAACUGGAGUGAUGUGCAAGAUAAUAAUUCUAAAUAUGUUUGUAAAGAGGUAGAUAGUUUAAGUUCUUCAAAAAAAGCUUGGAUGUAA